GUUUUGAUAGCGAGCAAAACUGGAGCUUUGGAGGUUGUGGGUUGCUUCUGGCGGGGAAUUUAAGGUUCAAGUCAACAACUCUUGUUGAAGGUAUGGCUCAUUUGGACUAGUGGCCUUCCACUGUUUUGAUCAGAAACUAAUCAACUGAGUAUAUGAAUUUCAAUAGUUUAUGCUAAUUGAGCUCUUGUUCAUGGAGGUUUCUGGUUCAAUAUGUUCAUGAUUGUAUGCUUGUAACCUAAUUUUCUAUUUGAAUGGCACCCCAACGAUAGGGGAGUAAUGCUAAAUAUGGCCAAAAUUGAUUCUUGAACUGACAAAAACAUGUUGGCAAAUUAGUGUUACAAUUGGAAAUUGGUAAAAUGGCAAAAGCAGCUCCUACUCUUUUUCUUGAAGAUUGGCUGAGGAGUGUCAGUGGCUUUAGCAAUAGCUUCAGCUCCAGAAACUAUUCAGCUUCAUCUGCAAGAGCCAUAAUUCAAGCAUGGGCUGAGCUUAGAGACUGCCUCCAACACAAAUCAUUCCAAUCCCAUCAUCUUCAAUCUCUAAAGACCCUUGUCAACUCUCAGACUUCUCUUCAUGUUGCUGAGCCUCAAGCAAAGCUUCUACUUUCCAUUCUGUCCUCUCCAGACCUUUCUCUUCCUCAUGAAUCCUAUACUCUCUUUCUCAGGCUUCUCUAUAUAUGGGUCAGGAAAUCAGCCAGACCUUCUUCGGUUCUCAUUGAUUCAGCUGUAAAGGCUUUCUCUAAUGUAUUCUCUAUAACCCAAUAUAACUCAAAGAAGAGUCCUCACCUCUUUUCUGAAGGUGUUCUCCUAUUGGGUUCUUUAUCUUUUGCGCCUUCUGUGUCUGAAAGCUCGAAAAUAGUCUUCUUAGGGUUGCUCUGUAGGCUGUUGGCAGAGGAGUACCAAGUACUUGGGUCAUUUAGUGAACUAAUUCCAGAUGUGCUUGCUGGAAUUGGGUAUGCUCUGUGUUCUUCAGUGAAGGUUCAUUUUGUUACAAUUUUUGAUUUCAUGUUGAGUAUUUGGGGUAAGGAAAGUGGGCCACAGGGUAGUGUUUCCCACGGGCUCAUGAUUCUGCAUUUGAUGGAGUGGGUAAUGUCUGGUUUGAGCAGUUUUCGUUCUUUAGAGAAAAUUAAUACUUUUUCCCAGGAGGUUUUAGAGACCGCAAAAGCGAAUUAUGUUCCAUUUGCGGUUGUCAUGGCUGCAGCUGGAGUACUGAGGGCCUUAAAUAGAUCUGUAGUGAGUGGUCUUGGGCUGAACACUAUUUCUAGACUGAGAAGAUCUGCAGAAGACCGGAUAGAAUCUGUAGCAAGAGAAUUAAUUUCAAGAACAAGAGGAUUUACCAGUUCAGAUAAUGAUCGCACAGAUAGUCUUCUGCUACAGUGUGUUUCAGUAGCAUUGGCUCGAAGUGGUGUGGUCUCUGCUCGUUCCCCGUUGUUUAUAUGCCUUGCUUCUGCAUUGUUGACCGAAAUAUUUCCUUCGAGACGUUUGUACAUGAAGGUACUGAAAUCAAUGCAUGGCAGUUCAGCUGUACUGAGGAUUAAUGAGGUCAAAGAACACCUGGAAAGUCUUACUUUUAAGGAAGCAGGGGCCAUAACUGGUGUUUUCUGCAAUCUGUAUGUUUCAGUAGAUGAACAGAGCAAACAUAUGGUGGAGAAUCUUGUGUGGGAUCACUGUCAACAUAUAUACAUGGAGCACCGACAGGUUGCUUUGGUUCUUCGUGGUAAAGAGGAUGAAGUACUUGGGGAUCUGGAGAAAAUUGCUGAGUCUGCUUUUCUUAUGGUUGUUCUUUUUGCACUGGCAGUCACAAAGCACAAGUUGAAUUCAAAAUUUAACCAGGAAAGUCAAAUGGAUACAUCAGUACGAAUACUUAUUUCGUUUUCUUGUCUUGAGUAUUUCCGGCGCAUUCGAUUGCCAGAAUACAUGGAUACAAUUCGAGGUAUUGUUGUAAGUGUUCAGGAAAGUGAUUCUGCUUGUGUGUCUUUCGUAAGAUCCAUACCCACUUAUGUUGACUUGACGAAUGGCCCAGACUUUUCUUUCCUGCGGAAAAUGGAAUAUUUAUGGUACAAUGAUGAGGUUCAAACGGCUCGCAUUCUGUUUUACCUACGAGUCAUUCCAACUUGCAUUGCACGCUUGCCUAGCCCUGUUUUUGGGAAGGUGGUUGCUCCAACUAUGUUCUUAUAUAUGGGACAUCCUAAUGGAAAAGUAGCUCGAGCCUCACAUUCUAUGGUUUCCGCAUUCAUAUCUUCCGGGAAGGAUUCUGAUCAGGAUGAAAGAGAGUCAUUAAAGGAGCAGCUUGUUUUCUACUACAUACAGAGAUCACUAGUGGAAUAUCCUGAGAUUACUCCUUUUGAGGGAAUGGCUUCUGGAGUUGCAGCCUUGGUUCGACAUCUUCCUGCUGGAAGCCCAGCCAUAUUUUAUUGUAUCCAUUGUCUUGUGGAGAAAGCUAAUAGGCUCUGCAUUGAAGACUUAGCUCACCAGGAUGAUAUGUGGAAGAACUGGCAAGGAGAGUCGGAGCCUGGCAAGAAAAUCCUAGACUUACUUUUACGGCUGAUUUCCCUGGUUGAUAUACAGGUACUGCCAGACUUGAUGAAGUUGUUGGCACAGCUAAUCGCCCAACUACCAAAAGAUGGCCAGAACAUGAUUCUAAACGAGUUAUAUUCACAGGUUGCAGAAUCUGAUGAUGUUACACGCAAACCCACUUUAGUUUCUUGGCUGCAAUCAUUGUCUUACCUUUGUUUUCAAGAAACAAGUGGGAGUACAGCCUCCAGAAAAGUGGGAAGUGAAGCAAACAGCACUUCUGUGAGGACUCCAGACCCAUUAAAUGAUACUAGCCUAAAUGCUCGACUAUGAGAUCGAGGUGCAGUAAUCAAGAUUACUCACUGUCCUUUUGAAUGUGUUUUUUAUUGUUCUCAAUAUUGCAAUAAUUGAAAGUACCACUCAGUAGUGUUAUAUGUCUAUACUUCCUGUUCAACUCAAAGAUGCGGUUGUUGUGAAACACAUACAACUUUCAUUUA